GUCAAGGUGAAGAAGAUAGCACAUCCUGAGGCACAACCAAGCAGUUAAGACUAAUGAACAGUUGUGUCACUCUUUACAUGCAUAAAUAACUACAGAAAAGGUGAAGGUUAAAGUGGGCCUCCCCAGGGGGGAAUCCAAACUGUUUUAGGGGAAGCAGUGAAUUGAAGUUUGUUCAGGGAUAUACGGAGUGUUUACUGUUUUCCUGGUCAGAAAUAAAUAGUCUGAAGUUAUGUUAAACAGCACAUUCGGCUUUCCUAGUUUGAUUUGUCUACUAUUGGAUCAAUAGACAAGGGAUGUCCACAGUCACAGACUUGUAAACCCCCUUGCUGUUGAGUGUGCUCUUACCUGUCAUCAAACUCUCUUCCACAGCUCCCUGUCUUCCAGAAGAUGUCUCAGCCGAGUUAGAGUGUGAUACCAACGUGAUGAAUGUGAGUUGGGCACAGACCCUCGGCUUAGAUGAUUACACCGCCUGGGCCAUCAGCACCGAUGGACACAGAGCCUCCUGUAACUCAACCUCCAACUUCUGCUCCAUUCAUGACCUGCUGUGUGGAAAGCUCUACGAGGUGGCUGUCACCUCCUCCUCCAUUCACUGCGAAAUCAUAGCUGGAUCUGACUACAAGGUUCAGUCUGCUCCGUGUGAACCUGAGAACACCACUGUCGAGGAGAACUGUAGCAGCAACGUCAUGACGGUGAAGUGGAACGAGCACAGCAGCACAACACAGAACUACACUGUUAAAGCCAUGUCUGCAUCAGGUGUAAACUCCACCUGCGACUCCACUGAGAGCAGCUGCUCCUUCCUGAACCUGACCUGUGGUCAGCUCUACACUUUCACUGUGAUGGGACACACCAAUGUGUGCAUGAGCGAGAUGAGCACUCCUAUAGAGAAGCUCUCAGCCCCAUGCCCUCCCACCAAUGUGUCAGCUGAACUGAAUUGUACUACACUUAUCGCUGUGGUGAGCUGGAGUAGCGCGUCUGCAGCCACAGCCUACAGCAUUCAAGCAACCUCCUUAAAUGGACACAACUCCUCCUGCAGUGAGAUGGGCACAUCCUGUGACCUCAGCGACCUGGUCUGUGGACAGCAUUACUCUGUUGUAGUGGAGGCCAUGCACACAGGCUGCUCUGGCCCUGCCAGCACCCCCGCCUGGCUGGUUACAGAGCCCUGUGUCCCCAUGAAUCUCUCCGUCCACUACAAUGUGAGCACGGCCCAGGUGAUGUGGGCGGCAGCACGAGGUGCCAGCUCAUACUCCGUCCAGGCUGUGGCUGACCUGGGCUCGGGGGUCACCUGUAACACCAACAACACCACCUGCUCCAUGAACAGCCUGCAGUGUGGUCAGAUCUACAACGUCACUGUGAUGGCACGAAACACCGUCUGUGACAGUAUGAUCUCUGAAACUAGUCGCCUCAUGACAGAACCUUGCCCACCCACCAACGUGCAAGUCAGUAUGGCGUGUGAACAACUCACUGCGACUGUUUCCUGGCAGCAGAGUGACCACGCUGUGGGUUAUGUCGCCUACUUUGACGACCAAGGUGGCCACUUAGAUUCCUGUUAUGGCGCAGACACAAGUAUCCAAUGUGUUGUCUCAGGGCUGAUGUGUGGCACAGAGUACAACGUCUGGGUCAAGGCACUGGGUCAGCAGUACAACAGCUCUGACAGCGCAGCGGUCUCAUUUACAACAGAACCUUGCCAGACGAGCAGCAUCACAGCCUUUAUGGACUGUGAGGCCGACUCUGCUACAAUAUCCUGGCAGCCCAGCGUUGGAGUUGUGUCCUGUGUUACUGAGCUGACUGCUUCAUCAGGUCACACCACCAGCUGCAUCACCAACAACACCAACUGUCAGCUGAGCUCCCUGCAGUGUGGAGAGGAAUACAAUGUCACUGUGAAGGCUCUGGGAAAUACUUGCAACCAAACUGCUCACAUGGCAGGACACCUCACCACAGAGCCCUGUGUCCCCAUGAAUCUCUCCGUCCACCACAAUGUGGGCACGGCCCAGGUGAUGUGGGCUGCAGCACGAGGUGCCAGCUCAUACUCUGUCCAGGCUGUGGCUGACCUGGGCUCGGGGGUCACCUGUAACACCACCAACACCACCUGCUCCAUCGAUGGUCUGCAGUGUGGUCAGAUCUACAACGUCACUGUGAUGGCACAAAACCUGGCCUGCAACAGCACUUCUGAACCCUACCACCACAUGACAGAACCUUGCCCACCCACCAACGUUCAAGUCAGUAUGGCGUGUGAACAACUCACUGCGACUGUUUCCUGGCAGCAGAGUGACUUCGCUGUGGGUUACGUCGCCUACUUUGACGACCAAGGUGGCCACUCCGCUUCCUGUUAUGGCGCAAACACAAGUAUCCAAUGUGUUGUUUCAGGGCUGAUGUGUGGCACAGAGUACAACGUCUGGGUCAAGGCACUGGGUCAGCAGUACAACAGCUCUGACAGCACAGUAGUCUCGCUUACAUCAGCUCCAUGUCUGCCCAGAGAGGUAGAGAUAGAGGUGGACUGUAUUCAUGAUGGCGCUGCCGUUGUGUCCUGGAAUGCUACUUAUGGCGCAGCAAACUUUUCCCUGAGAGCCAUCGUCAGUGGAAGUAUUCUGUCACUGUGUGAAACUCAGCAGAACAGCUGUAACGUGACGGGUUUAAGUUGUGGAGAAACCUACAACCUCAGCUUCACCGCCAGCAACGAGCAGUGCAGCCUCAGUGCGCCGAUGCACGCUAACCUCACAACGCGUCCUUGUCCUCCUCAGCGUGUAGAUGUGUCCCUGCAGUGUGGCUCCCACACCGCAGUCCUGUCCUGGGAGGAGAGGUCUGAUGCUGAGCUGUACGUAGCUAACGCCAUCAAGACAUCAGGAGGGCCGGUGCAGACGUGUAACUCUACAGGCUCUACGUGUCAGUUUGCCAGUCUGGACUGUGGAGAGACGUACAACUUUACCGUAACAACAGACAGUCAAGGCUGCAGGAGCCAGGCCAGCAGCACUGUGUCCAUCCAAACAGAGCCUUGCCAGCCUGUGAUCGUUCCUGCUCAGGUGCUCUGUCAGAGUGAGCAGGUCCAGAUCUCCUGGUACCAAGCAAGUGGUGUCGUGAAUUACUUAGUAACGACUACUGGGAGCCUUGGAUACGUGAAGAUCCACAACGCAACCCAGAGUAUUCCAGCAGCUACUUUACCAUGCGGACAGGACUACAAUGUGACUGUACAAGCACAAGGCAGUGACUGUGACAGCAUCCCCAGCAGCCCUGCCUUCUUCAAAACUGCACCAUGCCCCCCCAGCGAUGUGACGACCUACGCACAGUGUGAGUUUAACAUGGGCUCAGUCAGCUGGGGGUCCAGUGAUGGCGCUGAAACAUAUGUUGCUGUAGCAACUGGGCUUGAUGGCCACGCCCACCAGUGUCUCACCAACAGCACCGACUGCAGCUGGAACGACCUGCAGUGUGGAGAGAAGUACACUGUUGUAGUGAGGGCAAAGAAUGGCAACUGCACAAGCCUGCCUAGCAACAGCUCCAUCAUCUAUAUGGAUCCCUGUGUGCCCCAGAACUUGGCUGCCACUGUGAAUUGUGAUAUGAAAGUGGUCUCACUGAGCUGGGAUGCCAGUAACGGGACAAAUGUGUAUAUGGUAUCAGGCGAGGCAGGAAACAAAACAACUGUUCUCACCACUAAUGUCACCACGGCCCACUUCUCUGGCUUUAGCUGCGGACUAAACUACAGCCUCACAGUCACACCUCAAAACCAGCACUGUCCUGGAAACUCCAGUGCAUCGGCUUCCAUACAGACAUGGCCGUGUCCACCUGCAGGAGUCUCCACCAGGCAGGACUGUCUCUCUGGCAUCGUCAUGGUAAUGUGGCAGGCAACUAAUGGGUCCGACUACUACACAGCGACAAUGCAGACUGACACUGGCAUCUCCCCCAUGUGCAUGUCCGACUCUAAUGAAUGCAGCGUCCCGGGACUCACCUGCGGGCAAAACUUCUCCGUGUCAGUCACAGCCUCCAACCAGCAGUGUAACAUCACCUCCAGUCACACCACCAGUCUGCAGUCAGUGCCAUGUGUUCCCACUAAUGUCUCCGUGGUGAUGGACUAUGAUAACAACACUGCUGUUGUGUCCUGGACCGCCAGUCAGGGGGCUGUACAGUACUCAUUGAUGGCCCACAGUAGUCAUAACAACGUCAGCUGUCAAACCUCUAGCCUCAACUGUAGCCUUGACAACAUCACCUGUGGCAACAGCUACUCUGUUCAGGUGGUUGCUAUGGAUGACAACUGCUCCAGUAUCCCCAGCCAGGCUCUGGUAUUCAACUCAGCGCCCUGCCCGCCUCAGAACGUGAGUGCUGAGGUCGACUGUUUGUCAAACGACCUGAUGAUUUAUUGGGAUGCCGUCAGAGAAGCAGACCACUUUUUGACAUCAGUAACUGCAGACAAUGGAGUAAACAUUGGUGGCUGUAACACCACAAACACUGCAUGUUCCAUGAGAAAUAUGACAUGUGGGAAAACAUUCAGUGUUCAUGUCACCUCCAUCAGAGGCCCCUGUAGAAGCCAGCAGAGUCAGGCCUACAGUAUCAUGUCAGCUCCCUGCCAGCCUGAGAGAAUUAGUGGCAGGCUCGAUUGUGUGACAAAUUCUGGCUGGAUAUCAUGGGACGCUGCUCCAGGGGCAGACUGCUAUACUGUGUCAGCUGUAGGUGAAGACAACUAUAUAGGCAACUGCACCUCUUCCUCCAACACAACCUGUGAGGUGGAAGGCCUGGCCUGUGGUUCACUAUAUAACUUCAGUGUUAUUGCUAAAAACAGCAAAUGUGAGAGUCAGCCAAGCACCACGAUCGACCUGCAGACAGCUCCCUGCACCCUCUCUGGUAUCACAGCGGUUGCUCAGUGCCACAAUUCCUCAAUCCUCGUGUUGUGGGAUGCCGAGGGAAACACUGUGUACACUGCCACAGCAGAAGCCAGUGAUCACACCUACCUCUCCUGCAAUAAUACUGGCACUAGCUGCUACCUCCAUGGAGCACAGUGUGGCCUCCAUUACACCAUCAUUGUUGCCGCUUCAUCAGACCAGUGCAGCAGUCUGAGGAGUCCACCAUACAGAAUAAGCAUGGAGCCGUGUCCACCCAGUAAUGUGGUGGUGGUUGGGUCAACCUGUGCGGACGACAGUGCGCUGGUGUCCUGGAGCCCCUCUCUUGUAGCUGAAACAUAUCAUGUGGUCACAAUGGGCGCAAAUGGACAUGUGCAUACAUGCAACACCACCUCCAGUAACUGCAGCAUAUCGGAGCUCCACUGUGGCCAGCAGUAUGACAUAUCUGUGACUGCCAGCCACGAGAACUGCACCAGCAAAGCCAGUCAAAACGCUACACUUAACACAGGUCCCUGCCAGCCAGAUGGUCUCUCAGUUAUUUCACACUGUAACAAUCAGUCCGCAUUGUUGUCAUGGACUCCCGGAGAUAACGCUGUGGACUACUAUGGCUGUGCCCAGGCCGAAAAUGGAGACAUGCUGUACUGUGAAAGCACAAAUCCCAGCUGCACCAUCCAGGGCCUUGAUUGUGGAACACUUUACAAUUUCACUGUUCAGGCCUCAGAUGGGACAUGCAACAGCUCCGUCAGUGACCCAGUGCAGAGUGGAGCAGCCCCUUGUCCCCCAGACAGUUUUGAUGUGGGGCUCUUUACGAUGCAGAAUGAAGCCCAGAUGUUGUACUUCAACUGGACUCAGAUGACCUGUAGAGACACUGAGUAUUUGCUGGAGUUAAACGGAAGUCUGCUGGGAGAUAGCCAGGCCCUGUUUGAGAUCUCUUCCUAUUGGACAAGCAUGACGUACUUUGAGAUUCCUCUCCCCUGCGGUUCAUCCUACUGGGCUACAGUGAAGAGCAGGAACACUGGUGGUACCAGCCAGCCCUCUGUGCUGCUCAGUGGUACAACAGCUCCAUGUCCACCAAUAGCAGUGGAGUACAGUGGUAACAACACCUUUGCCACAGUUUCAUGGAACACGUCAGUGUUUGCCACCUCAUACACCGUGUACGACAACAGUGUGACGCCCAGAUCUCAGCUGUGCAGCACUGCAGGACUGUCCUGUUCUCUGCACAGCAUCACAUCCACUGACCUGGUGAUAACAGCCAGCAACACAGCUGGGGACAGUGAAGAGACAAGUGUGCCAAUUGCAGGUUCCUCAGAUCGCAGAAGAAGAGAUCUAAGUGGACACUCCCUAGAAAAUCGCCUCCCAGCUCCAGUACUAAAUGUCAAACAAGCACUGCCUACAGUUAUUUUCCUGGAGUGGUCUCCAGUUGAAGCUGCCUCCCAGUACAGCCUGCUCAUCAGGAAACAGGACAGCUCCAGAGAGUCAGAGGAGAUAACGGUGCAGGGCGAGAGCAUCAUUCUCACUGAUCUGAUUCCAAACUCGGCCUACUGUUUCUCCUUGUCGGCAGAGUACACUGCAACUAGUGGACCUGAGUCGGAGCCUGUGUGUGUGCAAACAGCACAGGAUCUGUCCCAAUAGGAAAACACUUGUGUAGACACAGCUAGGGGUCUGCAAACGUCUCAGGACUCAAAUGUGGGGAUAACUGUCAAGGUGGCAGCAUUGUCAACAUAUGAGUGACAAAUUGUAUACCAUUUACCAAAUAACAAUAACUUUAGUUCUGUAACCUUGUUAAGAUUUCAUGUGACAUCUUUUGAUAUAACACGGGAAUUAGCAUGGGUUACAUGUUUACACUUAUGAGGUAUGACUAACACAUAUUCCAAAGAGCUCAUGACCAAAGGGUUUUUAAGUUGAUCUAUUCUAUACUGUGUACAAAACGUAUUAUCAUUUGCCUACUGUUGGUUGAAGUUACAUAUUUUAUAUCUGGGGGUUUGUUCUAUUUCAUAUAUUUACAUUGCUUUUGUAAAUUAUGUAAUAGUCAUCUUAGAGUUAAUAUAUCAGGGAGUGUUUACCUUUCACUAUGCCUGUGUAUUUUAUAUGGAAGCUAUGUUCAGACUACAUUGUAAUAAAACUAUCCAAAGAUA